UAGUUUUGAUUCCCCCAUGGAUUUUGUUUUCUUAAGAUUAUUCCAACAUCCUGUGCCACAAUAAGACUGUCCUACCAUGAAAGAAGAAAUUGCUGCCACAGUAGUCUUUAUCACAAUGCUUGUGAAGAAGCACAGGAAGCUGAGCAAGCAGAAAAUUGAACAAUUUGCAGCUAAACUGACCACCGUACUAUUUGCAAGAUAUAGAUCUCAUUGGUAUGUAGAAAAUCCAACCAAAGGACAAGCUUUUCGAUGCAUAAGAAUAAACAAGUGUCAGAGUGUUGACUCUGUUUUGGCACAAGCAUGUGCAGAAAGCAAUGUAGAUUAUGACGAUCUUGGACUGCCGGCGGAAAUGACUAUCUGGGUGGAUCCAUUUGAGGUUUGCUGCCGGUAUGGAGAGAAAAAUAACCCUUUUACAAUUGCCAGUUUUGUGGGGAAAAGUGACUUCAAUGUGUCUAAACGGAUUAGCACAGCUGUUAUGAAAGCCACUUCAGAUUACCAUUCUGGUACAUCUUCUGAUGAGGAGACCACUAUUAAAGAGCCAAAGACUAUUCCUACAGUAAGCAAUCCCAACAGCAUCUACCAGUGUACAGACUUCAAAUCUCUACAGUCUUGGUCUCAGUUUCCUCGUAGAAAGAACUAUCAAAAUGAUGGAUACCAUCAGCAGCAAUCUACAUCCUCCUAUUUUCCACACAGCUAUCCCCCACAAAACAAACACUACAAGUACCCCAGGCAGUCUGCAGUAGUCUCAGCUCCUCGCAUUGACCGUUACCACUGGGUAAACAAGACACUGACACAAAGAAAAUUGCUAUAAAAAAAAAUCUGCUUGUCUUUUUAAAGUUUUAUGAAAAAAUGUUAUUUAUAAUUUUAUUUGUAUGUAUGUGGCUACAACUCUAAUACGCUGACAUUUGUCUUUUAAAAAAAUGAAUAAAUUAACCUCUGACUUUUUA